AUGACCGACAGGCUCACGCAGCUGCAAAUCUGUCUCGAUCAGCUCUCAGACAUGUUUUUUGCUUCGCUGUCGUACGUCGACCAGAACCACGUUGCUGUGCGGCUGACGGAGGGAGACGAGAUGCUGCCGGACCCCGAUCACAACCCUCCGUCGGAAGCAGAGUUUAAGGCUAACCUAACGGAAUUGACGUCCGACAUAAUACUAAAAACAAAGCAGAUUCUCACAAUAAUAGACACGCUUCCAGGUGUGGGUGUGAGCAAGGAGGAGCAACUAAAAAGAAUCGAAAGUCUGUCUCAGGAGCUGGCAGAAGUAGAGAAACUGAAGAUACAAACCCUGGAGAGAAAAGAGAAACUGGGAAGCAUAGUGGACGACCUGAUAGUGCACGUGAGCGAGGGAAUAGCUCAGACCAGAGACUAA